AUGCCAUUCCUCACUCCCAACUCGCUCGCCUCCCUGGUCCAAUCAGCCUUGUCGACUCAGUCCACUCGGCUCGGCCGAGCGGCGCAUGCCCAGAUGAUCAGAACCCUCGACGCCCCGCUCCCUUCCUUCCUCUCCAACCACCUCGUCAACAUGUACUCCAAACUCGACCUCCCCGACUCAGCCCAACUCGUCCUCCAACUCAACCCCUCUCGCUCCGUCGUCACCUGGACCGCCCUCAUCGCCGGUUCUGUCCAAAACGGUCAUUUCGCCUCCGCCAUACUCCACUUCGCUAACAUGCUACGCGAGUCUGUCCAGCCCAAUGACUUCACCUUCCCCUGCGCCUUCAAGGCCUCUGGGUCGCUCCGCUUGCCUGCCACCGGAAAACAGGUCCAUGCGCUUGCGGUUAAGGCCGGGCAGAUAUGCGAUGUCUUUGUUGGCUGCAGUGCUUUUGAUAUGUACUACAAAACGGGUCUGCGCGACGAGGCUCGGAAAGUGUUUGAUGAAAUGCCUGAGAGAAACCUUGCGACGUGGAAUGCAUACAUGUCUAAUGCUGUGCUGGACGGGCGGCCGCUAAAUGCGGUUUACAAGUUUAUUGAGUUUCUGCGGGCGGGCGGGGAGCCUAAUUCGAUUACGUUCUGUGCAUUUCUCAAUGCGUGCUCGGAUACGUCGAAUUUGGAGCUCGGGAGACAGUUACAUGGGUUUGUCAUGAGAUGCGGGUUUGGGAAAGAUGUGUCGGUUUUAAAUGGGCUUAUUGACUUUUAUGGGAAGUGCAGGGAGGUUGGGUCUUCUAUGAUGGUUUUUGAUACAAUUGAUAAGCGCAAUGAUGUUUCUUGGUGUUCUUUGGUGGCUGCGUGUGUGCAAAAUGAUGAGGAGGAGAUGGCAUGUGAGUUAUUUUUGCGGGCUAGGAAAGAAGGGGUUGAGCCGACUGAUUUCAUGGUUUCGAGUGUUCUAAGUGCUUGUUCUGGGCUUGCAUGGCUUGAACAGGGUAGGUCAGUUCAUGCAAUUGCCGUGAAGGCAUGUGUCGAGGGAAAUCUCUUUGUUGGGAGUGCACUUGUUGACAUGUAUGGAAAAUGUGGGAGUAUAGAAGAUGCCAAGCGCGCCUUCAAUGGGAUGCCUUCAAGGAACUUGAUCUCUUGGAACGCGAUGGUAGGCGGGUAUGCGCAUCAAGGACAUGCCAACAUGGCUUUGGCAUUGUUUGAGGAAAUGACCGUCCGAAGUCAUGAGGUUAAACCCAAUUACGUUACCUUGGUUUGUGUAUUAUCGGCAUGCAGUAGGGCAGGGGCCGUGGAAACAGGGAUGCAGAUCUUUGAGUCAAUGAAAGCAAAGUACGGAAUUGAACCAGGGGCAGAGCAUUAUGCAUGUGUUGUGGACUUGCUUGGAAGAGCUGGGAUGGUAGAGCGUGCUUAUGAGUUUAUUACAAGGAUGCCAAUUCGUCCAACAAUUUCCAUUUGGGGGGCACUUCUAGGGGCUUGCAAAAUGUAUAGGAAGACAGAAUUGGGGAGGGUUGCAGCUGAUAAGUUAUUUGAACUUGAUCCUAAAGACUCUGGCAACCACGUGAUUCUUUCUAAUAUGUUUGCAGCUGCUGGCAGGUGGGAAGAGGCCACUCUUGUGAGAAAGGAGAUGAAAGAUGUUGGGAUCAAGAAGGGUGCAGGCUACAGUUGGAUCGCCGUCAAGAAUGCAGUCCACGUCUUCCAAGCGAAGGACACCUCCCACGAAAGGAAUUCGGAGAUUCAGGCAAUGCUAACCAAGUUAAGGAGGGAAAUGGAGAAAGCUGGGUACAUUGCCGAUACCAAUUUUGCGCUGUUUGAUUUAGAAGAAGAAGAGAAAGUAUCAGAAGUUUGGUACCACAGCGAGAAGAUUGCCCUUGCUUUUGGCCUCAUAGCCAUCCCUCCCGGGGUGCCUAUAAGGAUUACAAAGAACCUUAGGAUCUGUGGUGAUUGCCAUGGUGCAAUCAAAUUUAUCUCAGGCAUUGUAGGUAGAGAAAUUAUUGUGAGAGAUAACAAUCGCUUUCAUCGCUUUAGAGAUGGUCAUUGCUCGUGUAGGGAUUAUUGGUGA